GAGUUUGGCACGGGCUAGCUACAGUAGUAGAUAGCAUGAGUCGAUACAUGCCCUUCGUUGUGACUUCUUGUGCCUCCAAGAUACACAGACUGAGAGCGAGCGGACCCAGUCAGGCUCUAGGUCACCCACUGGGAACCUCAGGGUCUCGUAUCACAGGUCAUCUGGUCCAUGAACUGAGACGGAGAGGUCUUCGCAGGGCAGUUGGCUCAGCCUGCAUCGGUGGCGGCCAGGGCAUUGCUCUGCUCCUAGAGAGAAUGGACUGAAUGAGAAGACACACAUCUCUGUAUAACAUUGUUUGUCAUCUAUAGACCAUUAGUAGAUAGUAGCGAGAGUGCGAUGUGGUGUAUUCUGCGCAUGCGCACGUAUGCUCUGGUCUUUGGGCGUGUUGUUUUGCAAUCAUGAGAUCAGGGGGAGAGACAGUGCUAGUGGCAAGUAAGCCGCGUGGGAUGAGUUCUGUAGGAGCCACGAGGAUUCUGCUGUUAGCUGGAUUACUGGCAGGAUGUGCAGCUAAGGAUUACGUCUUGACCUGGACGGUGGACGGAGUCAAGAACUACACGGAUACGCCCCUGGAGGUUAUGUUUGGGGAUGUCCUCAAGCUCCAAUGUGAUCCUGACAUCAUCAGCAACUUCGUUUAUGUGGAAUCAGAGGAACAGUAUUUGAACUGCAAUGCUAGUAUUCCUGGUGGCAAAGUCCUAAAGAGUGGCGACUGUCUGGGGAUGUUCGAUGAUGCUGACAGCAUCUCUCAGAACAUUCAGAGGCUCUCUGGCCCUGGACAGGCCGUGGUGGAGUACCAGGCCGGGAAAUCCUUCUACUUCUUCAGUUCAGCUGAUGGUUCAAUUGGAUCAAUAGAUCCUCCAUACAUUGGAGGUCAGUGUAUGGACGGGCUCAAGAUGAUCGUCUUUGUUGUUAGUGAACCAACACCUUAUCAACCAACCACAACCAUCUCUCCUACCAAUACUCCAGGAGUGCCUAAGGAUCCUCAGGGUGCUGGGAAUGAUGACAGGAGUCAAAUGUUUUAUGAAAGUAGUGGCUUUAUAGCUGCUGUUGUUGUUGCAGUUGCUUUUGGUCUUCUAGUCGUUGUGAUAAUUUUACUACUACUAUACCUUUGUCAUCGUGGUUCGAAGAAGAGGUCUGCUAAUGUGGAAGCGAUGACUUCGGCUCUGCCUGGCAUGCCCAUGGCAGACACAAAACCUUUGGAUUCUAAGGAGAAAUUAGUCUCACCCAUGACACCUGUGGAGCCCGAGGACAGCGUCAGUUUCGGUCGAAGGCGGAGCUUCAUAUACAAAGGGAUCAUCAGUGAGUACCUUCAAACCGAAUGAAGGAAGUACCAAACCGGAAGGGAGUGGUAAUGGAGAUGGGAACGAGAAGAAACAGGACAGAGAGGAGAAAAGGGAGCAAUCUGUCCAAAAACAGACAACAAAAUCACCAGAAAAUCGAAAUAAAGGUAUACCGCCAAAAGGAAAUCGAAGAGGCAGUGGGAACCAGCCUGGCUCCAAAACCAACGGUCCUGGACACAACGCAGCUCGUAGAGGCUCUGGUAUGCAAGGCGAAAAAGCAGCAGAAGGGAGGCAAGACCAGGUUGACUGCAGGCAGUUCUACGGCCAAGGGGCCAUCCCGGCAUCCUCCUGCUGUGAAAAAGCCUAGCAACGGUGCUCAAACACAAACCAAUAACACUCCUGGGCACAACGCAGCUCGUAGAGGCUCUGGUGUGCAGCGCGAAAGGGCAGCAGCAGAGAGCCAGAGAUUGACUGCAAAUGGUUCAGCAGCAAAGAGGCCAUCCCAGCAUACUUCUGCUGCAAAAACGCCUAGCAAUGGUGCUCAAACAAGCAACGGCUCACAAAGAACAGAAACAGCAACAAACAGGCAACAGCAGACGGGCAACCUUACUCAGAAAUUAACUGUGAGACGGCCUGCCCCAGUUGCUAACAGUGAUGGUGGUCAGAUUUCAAAAGUGAAAUCUUUAGCUACCACAGAAUAGUAAAGACUCCAGACUUACUGAUGAUGUUCGUAGCUUUUUGAGUUAUUGUUUGUGUGUAGGAUAAUUGAUAUUGCUGCUCUGGUCCUUGACUGGCCAACC